UCGGUGGUGCGGUGCGUCAUGCUUGCGAGCAGCAACCCAACCCGGCCAAUGCACCUUGCUGCACCUCCACCUUGGCGCUCCAAUGCCUCGAGCCCUUGGGCACCAUGUCUGCUCUGCGUAACCUCGUACUGCUUCUCACACGAACAUUCCCCAGACGUUCCCAUGCUGCAAGUCAACUGCUCUCCAAGCACGGCAAUAAGUGGCGGUGAGGAAUCCCAUCUAGCUCGUCGCUCUUCCCAGGACCACCGGCUUUGGUAUGCAUGCCAUGUCCUUGUACAUAGUACUAUCCGAGCCCUUUGUCCAUGGAAGGCGUUACACUGGCGCUUCAACGGCGCGGAACAAGCCAAUCGUAUGACACGGCUGUCAAUGCCGUCCAUGUGA